GACUGAAUAGCACGUAAUUUUCUGACAGAGAAAACAAGUUUUAAAUAUGGAUUUGUCUGGCAAAAAUGUGGUUUACUUUGGCGGCUUCGGCGGCAUAGGCCAGAAAUGUGUGCAAGAGUUGCUUCAGCGAAAAAUAAAGUCGUUGGCAAUUUUUGAUUUAACAGAAAAUAGCCAAGUGCUGGCUGAGUGGAAAAGCAACAAUCCCGACACAGAUAUAUUCUACCAAAAAGUAGACAUCACCCAAAAGUCAGACAUUGAGGCGGCCUACAAGGCCACCGCCGAGAAACUGGGUCACUUCGAUGUGGUGGUCAAUGGCAGUGGACUGAUGAACGAUCGUCUGAUCGAACUAACCAUUCAAAUAAAUCUGCUGGGCGUAGUUUACAGUUGCCUGACAGCCCUGGAGUACAUGGACAAGACGAAGGGUGGCCAUGGUGGAGUUAUAGUGAAUAUAUCCUCGGUGGCUGGACUGCAACCCACGUCAUCAAUGGCCAUUUACUCGGCUGCCAAGACGGGAGUUACCACCUUUACCAGGGCCCUGGCUCACCCAAGUUAUUAUGCCCGCUCUGGCGUGGGUUUUAUUACCGUAUGUCCCGGUUUCACUGACACUGGCCUUUUGGACGAUAUUCUUAACAAGACGACCUUCGAAUACCAGCCCCCCAUGAUGGCCGGCAAGGUAAAGAAGCAGACUGCAGAGCAGUGUGCUCGGAGCUUGGUCGGGGCCAUAGAGACGGGCAAAAAUGGGGCAGUGCUGCUGCUGGAGCUGGGUGAGACCCACGAGGUGGAUAUACCAAGCCAUUGGAAGCCUCAAUUUGAAGAUUGAAUAUAUUUUUUUGGUUGAAUAAAAGAUAAUAUAUUAAAAUUGGUUGGUAAAUUAAAAAAAAA